UUGAAGCAAUAUUGACAACUGUUUGGCUUUGACAAUCAUAUGGACAAUCAUUGAGAAUUGUCAAAACAGUCAAAACAUUUGCAUUUGUGACGGAAUUUGAAUUCUAAGGAAAAUAACAAUGGAACAAUUUAGACUUUUAGUGCAACAGCAAGGAAGAGAUGCAAGAAAUCUUCUUACAUUUAAUAUUUCUGCUGAUAACACAUUUGAUACUGGAAAAAUAGCUCGUAAACCCCCUUGCCCCCCGAAAUUUAUAGAACAUCGUAGAAGCGAUAAAGGGAGAUCUUUUGGAAAUUUAAGAAAUCAUACAGGAGCCAGAGUUCGAUCUGCUUCCACUGGUAGAGAUAAAAAAUCAGAUUUGAGAGCUAGAUAUUGGGCAUUAUUAUUUGGAAAUUUAAAAAGAUCAAUUGCUGAAAUAUACAAUACUGUUGAAACUCAUGAAAGUCUCCCUGAAUGUCAGGAAGUACUAUUAGUUCUUGAAAACUACUUGAGAGACUUUCAAGCCUUGGCAGAGUGGUUUAGGUUGAAGUGGGAAUAUGAAAAUACACCUGUACCCCAGAGACCUACAUCACUAGCCUGGGAUGUCUCAAAGACCAAUCUAACAAAAACUAGUCGCUCAGGAAAGUCAAGUCCUAGUGUUAGUUCUGGUAGAAGUAGCCCAAGUGUAUCAGGAAAAGCAAGUCCAAAACCUUUGGGAACUAAGAAAACAGGAUCUCUUCCCACCAGCCCACUACCCAUUCCUGAAAAUGCAAUCCUAAAUGACAAACCUCCAGAUAUUGAUGAAAGAAAAGCAAACUUAGUAAGUGAAACAAAAGAUGAAAUGGUACAGAAAAUUGAAGAAACCUUGCAGAAGUAUGCUACUGAAAAUUGUAUCUCCCAAAUAUCAGAAACUAUUAAAAUAAAUAAAACACAGCAAAAUGAUGAAAUUCAGAUGAAUAUAGAAGAGAUGGAUGUUUAUUCAGAUAAAAGUUUGGAGGGUAAUGAAUUAACAAAUAUUUCAGUUACUGAUGAAAAAUGUUCUCCUAAAAUUUCACCUCAAAGUCCAAGAAUUAUAGGAAGCCUAGAGAAGAAUGAAGCAUUACCCUCUAUUGUGAUAGAGAAAACUGUUGAAAAUGCCAAUGCAAAAGAUGAUUUAAAUCAUACAACUGUUCUUCAAUCUAAUAAAGAAAUUUCUAAAGCCAGUAUCAUUCCAGAAAUUACUGAAACACCUGUUAGAGACAAUAAUUCUGACACUAAAAACAUUGAUUCUCCAAGUGAAGAUCAAAGAACGUAUGAUGUCUAUAGGAAAUUUGGUGUUGUAACAGUAGAUAAAAGCACAACAACUGAAGAUUUUGUAAAGUUACCUAAAAAGUCGGCUGUAAAAGUCAAUCAGGAUUGCCAAACUGAUGAUUUGGAAAAGAAAAUUCAAUCUUCUGUUCCUCCUGUGGGAAAACCAACACCCUUAACUGCAAAAGCAGAAGCUCCCCGCCUGGCAAAACCAUCACUUUUUACAAGACCUGCAUAUUCUUCUGCAGUAACAAAAACAGUAGCAUCAAAAGUAGCUACUGUUAAUAGACCAAACAGCAGACCAACCACUACAAAUACCACAACGCAAAAAGUUUUAACCACUUCAAGCUCAAAUGCAAUCAGGUCUGCUACCUCUCGUACAGUUUCAGCAGUUCCCUCUACUACUCUAACUUCGAAUAAACGACCAGCAAUAUCCAGAAGCUCUAAUUUAUCCCGUAGUAAAACAGUUGGUGACUUUAAACCGAUAAAUUCUGCUCCUCCCCGUCACCUGGUUCACCCAUCAAGAAUCACUUUAAAAGGAACAACAAAACCAGAAAUAAAACCAUUAGAUAAGAGUCAAUUAAAAUACCAACCAACAGAAGGUAAAAAGGCUAGAUUGCGCAAAUCUUUGUCUAAUGAGCUAAGCUCUUCUGCAGAAACUAUAGUAAAUAAAAACAUGUCUACUGAAAAUGUGGAAGACUUUGUUAGUUCUUCAGAAACAAUCAGUAGUGAACAACAACAGGAUAAAAUGAAUAGUUUGCAUUCAGAUGGCUGGUUGACUGUGAGAUGUCGAUCGAGAUUUAAAAAUCCAACAGGAAAACCAAAAAAAUCAGAGACUGUAACUUACUGGGCCACACGUUUUCAUCAAAUCAGUGCUACAGCAAGUUUACCCGCCUUAGCACUACUACCAGAAAAUAAUGAGAAAAAAGCCUCUCCAAAACCUAUCAACAAGUCCUUGAAGGACAGUUUUAACAUGCUAAAAUCAUUAAAAACCAUUGAACUAAGCUCCAAAAGUUCAGAGUCGAGGAGUUCUGGAAGUUCUGACGCAAAGCUUACAGUUGAAAAAGCGUUAACAUCAAAACCAAAGUUUCUUACAAGAAGAUCUUAUACCACUCUAAGUAGAAUGAGUGUCAACAGACCCGAAAAUAAUUUAUUUUGUGAUAGACCCGCUUCUGUCUCAAUCAAACAAACUGAUAGGGGAAUCUCAAAACCUGUUGUGACCAAAGAGGAGAAAAUUUUAGAAGUUGAUUCAGAAACUGACGAUGAAAGAGUAAAAGAAACUCAUGAUUUACCAGAAAAUGCAGACGAUUUUGUAAGUGAAGAAGAAGAUACAAAAAAAGCGCAACAGCUUUUAGAAGAAGAGGAAAGACUGACACAAGAAAUUGCUCAUCUACAGGGACUUGAGAUAGAAGUAGAUACAGAAACAGACGGAACAGAAACUGACGGCGAACUUCCUGGAGAUAACGAGGAGAGUGACGGACAAAAUACUAUUGAAGACGAUAAAUUAUCAUUGGAAGCAAGAUAUGAGCCUAUGUUAGAAGGAAUGUCUUGGGGAGAAAGAGUAGACACUUUGGCAGCUCUCGAAGCUUUAGUAGCAAGACAUCCUGGUAGGGCUUUGGAAUUGCAUCAAAAACUUUCAAAUCCAGCAAGGCGCGUAACUCUGCAAGAAACUCUGAGAAAAUAUCAAGUAAAGCAUGCAAGGGCUCAACAACGAAGACAAGUUUUACAACAAGAGAGGGCGUUUAAGUUGCAAACACUAUUAGCAAGGGUUGAGGACGUUAAAGCUGCUAAACUACAGUUGAUUGAAGAAAAGCGAAAAAGAAUGGAAAUAAGAAUGCAGAGGGCUGCUCAAAACAGAAAAAAACAUAUUAGAGGAAUAAUAAGAAAGGCACAUGACGAGGAAGAAAAACUUAAAGAAAUCGCUUUUAUUAACGAAUUAGAAGCUCAAAAUAAAAGACACGAUUUUUUGCAACAUUGUCGAGAACAGAGGGGUAGAAUUCAAGGUAUUCACGAGGAUCGCAAAAAGAGGCAAGAAGAAAAGGCUGCCAAAGAGGCUGCUGUUGAAGAAAGGCGUAGGGCCUUGGAAAAAGAACGGUUGGAAAGGUUGGAUCGUCUGCAAGAUGAAAGGAGACAGAGAGAUGAAAGGCAGUUGCAACAGCAGCAGCAACGAGAAAAAGAACGACAAGAACUUGCAAGGGAAAAAGCCAGAGAUCGAGAGGAACGACUUCAAGCUCUUCAGGCUCAACAGAUCGCCUCUACAAAAGAACUUCAAAAACGUAUAGAGCAAAAACAAGAAGAAUCAGCCAGAAGACACGAAGAAAACAUGGAGCAAAUAAGGCAGAAAGCACUAGAAUUGUCAAUCCACAGAUGUCACAGUGAUGAUAGCCAAGCACCAAAUAACACAUUAUAUCCAACGAAAAAGUUCUGCACUGUCUGUAACGUUUUGAUAAAAUCCGAGGUAUAUUUAAUGAGCCAUCUCCGGGGUCGUAUGCACCAAGAAGCUGUAAAGCAAGCGAACGUAGAAAAGCCCCAAAUGACACCAAAUGAUGUUGAACAAUUCAAUCUAAAACAAAUCGUAGAUGCUCCGGCCGAUAAAAUAGAUCCUAAAGACACUGCAGCCAAAGAACGUGGCAAAGCUUAUCGAAAACGAUGUAAAAAGAUUCGACAGCGCAUGAGUGUAAAAGGGGCCGAAUUCGAAACGUCUUACAAACCACCUGUGAUAGAAUGUUCUAAUAAACGUACGUUAAAUAGAAACGUGAACACAAUUGGUAGUAUAACAAAUCAGGCGAAUCAGGGAUGGUCCCCAUCCACUUCUAGUCAAUUGGAUAGAAUUUUAAAUGAACUAAAUAGAAUUCUGACGAAAGGAGAGAACAAUGACAUCGUGGUAUUUCAAGCUGUUGGAGGGUUUUCGGUUUUGGCGAAAUUAUUGUCUUUAGGACAAGAUGUGCGGACACCAAUCUCAGCAAAGUGUUGUUACAGAAGCAUGAUAAUAGCCUGCAACGUUUGGCAAGGUGCAUGUAAAGGUGAAAAAGGGGGCAGAAGCAACUGUGAAUAUGUCGUUCUUUCCAACAAAAUUAUUGCAGCCCUUGAUCUGCUCAACACCAAAUUACAAGGAGUUACUAACGUAGACGAUACACCACCAUCGGAUGCCUUAUCUACAGCCCUUCUUCAACUGAUAACUGUGGUUUUAAGGAAUGCACCCAAAGACAUUCCGUCCAACCGAAUGCAAGACGUGGUUAGUUUUGCUGUUUGUGUCGGAAUAGUCGAACAGCUUACAAAGUGUUGCUUGGCGGUUCGAAGCCCUGUUCACGACAUUCCUCCAGCCUGUUCCUUCCUUUUGGCUGCUCUUGAAUUCUUGGCCGCCCUGGCUGAUCAUUGCCCGGAGGAUUCUGAUGCAACGCAUUUGGUUGCAACCCUUCAUGGUACCGAACUGAUGGGUGCAGUGUCAAUGCUGUAUGGCUCAUUGCUGCCACCAGACACUGUUCCAAGGAUUGAAGGACAAUCUCCUCCUGUGGUACCAGUGCCUUGCUUGAAUCUUGCAAGAGCUACGUUCAGAUUACUUCGGAGGGUUGCUGAGCUGGAUCUCAACAAGUUUCAGGAAGUUCUUGGAGCCGAAGGGAUUUCGUUGCAAUAUCGGCAUAUUGCUAAUCAACUGAUAUGGUGUUGCGCCACACCGACAAUACCAAAAUCUCCAACCAAAAGCAAUAACGGGCCAACAGCAGAAAUGCAUCAAGAGCUUCUUAAUGAAGUCAUCAGCGUGACUGGUUAUUUCGCCGUAGGGAAUCAGGAUAACCAGAUGUUACUAGUUAGUGGUCAGCCACCGUCUGUCCUUCAGCAACUGUGCACGCUGCCGUUUUCGUACUUCUCGGUUGAAGAGUUCUCCAGAAUUUUGUAUCCUACUCUUUUAGCUUGUUGUGUCGGCAACGAACAUACAACAGCAAUUUUGAAACAAGAGCUUUCAUAUGAGACUCUCGAAGACUUCAGAAAAUCGGAAUACGGUAAGGAACAUCGUUUAGUGAAAUUACUUUCUAACAAGUGAUUCGAUUAACAAAUAAUAAAGGGCUAUUCCGGCGCCUUUAACACAUUUUUAUUUUUCCAAAGCUUGUUCAAUAAGAUCCGUAAAAUCUGACAUUUAUAUACGAAACAGUUAUAAACAAAUGACUGCAUACGUUUAUGUUGCACACAAGUUAAUAUUACAAUGUAUUAUUUUUGUCGUAGAGCGUUUGUUUAAAUUACGUUUAGGGUUUGCGUAAAAUUGUAUUGUGAUAGAAACGGAUUUUUAAAAUCGUGAAAACGUACUUAGAACAUGAGUUGAUCUAUUAUGUGAUUUAUUACGUGUAGGUUAUUAAAAUUAUGAUUUAACUUUGUGUUAACGAAUGUAUAUUACUUAUUUUAUUGCAUGUAAAAAUCGGAACUUCUUAAAACAAAAAAUAUAAAUACAAUUAAUGCUCGCAUUUAAACUAACGUGCUUUUUAUUUUCUCUAAUUAUACCCAAAAGUUAGUUACCUUUGCCGAAGCAGUAUUUUGUCCUUCAGUGGCUCGUAAUGUAUCUAUAAUGUGUACUAAAACAUUAACCUUUGAAAUUAACCAGGACCAGAUUAAUCACUAUAGUAAUACCAAGGGUCAACCAGAGUAUUUUCUAGAUUAGUGAUUCUAACCCUUCACGGUACACUUUUGGUAAUUUAAAAUUUAUUAAAGAAAUAUCAAGACAUAAUAACAUAUAGGAGAUGUAUUGGGUUCCUUUUAUAUUUAGUGUUCCAAAUCAAUUGGUAUUUUAGAAUACCUCUAACACGUAUAAAAUGUUUCGGAAAUAUCUCAGAAUUUGUCCUUAUAAUCCAGAUGAUGGAUGAGAUUAAUUUGGUCUGGAUUUAACACAAACAAUUUACCCUUUUCUUGGUGGGUUUAAACAAUAGGUAUUGCAACCCUUUGAUUUUUAAUUAAGUAUCUAACGAACUAUUAAUUUAAUUAAUGCUAUUAUGUAUGUCUAUCUGCAAUGUUUUUCGUUUAUAAUGCAAUGAAAUAAAAAAAUACAUGGUUAAUUAAAUAUGCUUAGUCAUAAUUAAAUUUUCGAGGUAAUCAAUAAUUUGCGCUUUAAUUACUUUAAUCGAU